CAUCACAUCUCCUUUGUACAUCAUUGCAAGAGGGCACACCAGCCCCUCGACACCCACAAUGCCCUCACCACCACCACAGGGGGCCAACUCGCUCCUCAACCUCCUGAACCCGUACGCGUCGGUCGCGCAGUCGUCGUACCCCCGCAGAGGGGACGGCGAGGACGCGCCGCCCGAUAGCCCCAGCGCCGUGCUGCUGCGCGAGCUGCAGCUCAACUCGGACAGCGAGGAGCGCGCGCGCAGCCCAGCACUCAGCCCGACGCCGACACCCAGACGGCCAGUCCACGUGAUCGCGACACCAAGCAGCUCGGAGGACGAGGGCCCGCCGCGCAGCUUGGUCUUCGGCGAGCCCGCAAGGGAUAAGGGCAAGCGGAGGUCCGGGUCAGGCGGGCGUACCCCCAAGUCCCGCGAGCCGGACAGCCAGCGCGUGCUCGCCCCGCCCACGAGGCCAUGGGAUGCCGCCCCUUCACAUUCCCCGGGACCGUUCAGACGGCGGCCAAGCUCGGCAUCGAGCUCGACUCGCAGUCGCCAGUCGUCGCGCCAGCGGCCAGAGAGCGCAGACGACAGCCUAGCGACGCCGUCGACUGAGUCGCCUAGCCCGUCCGGUGCGCCGACAGUGUCAAGCAGCACGAGCGGCGACGAGGCCCCGCUGCGAUCGGCACGAACCCCGCCGCUCGUGCGUGCCAGCCCGCCUACCCGCUCGCCGGCCAAGGCGCCCGAGGCAGAGGUUGCGGGGUAUGCUGUGCCGACGACGGGCGCGCGUAGGACAAAGGGACGCGGCCAGCAUAAAUACCACGAGGUGUCGACGGCCGAGGACGGGCGGCGAGGCGCUGGCGCCGACGGCCCGAGUAAGAAGGCCGGGUUGAGCGAUUACAACAAGGCCUUGUGGGGCUGGGUGAAUGUCGUCAAUCUUGACGUGUUUCUGCAAGAGGUAUAUGCGUACUACAAGGGCAAGGGGUUCUGGGCCAUCCUGCUGGCACGAGUGCUCAACCUCAUGACGACAGGCUUCGUGAUCAGCUUCGCGGCGUUCCUCUUCACUUGCAUCGAGUGGAAGAAGCUGUUUGGAUGGACGUCGCAUAAUGGCGAAGUUGGCCGGCUCGACGACGUUCUCGUUGAUCAUUGUCUCCGGAAUGCCCCCUUCGCCAACGUCGUCCUCAUUAUCCUGAUGGGAUCGUUCUGGACCUUCCAGCUCGUCGGGUUUAUCCGUUCCCUGCCCAGGCUGUUCGACCUGUGGAGGUUCUACACCUAUCUCCUGGGCGUGCCAGACGCCGAUAUCCAGACUCUGCCCUGGCCCGAGAUUGUGCGCCUCAUCGGCCUUAUCAAGAAGGACAACCCUCUGCAAUCUCUUUCCAAUGGCCAGGCCAACGCGCUGGCAAAUAUGGCGGUCGACACGCCGCCUUCCGUCAACGCGGUGCUGGACGCUCACGACAUUGCCAACCGUAUCUUGCGACGAGAAAACUACCUCAUCGCUCUCUUCAACAAAGACCUGCUCGACCUCCGCGUCCGCAUCCCCCUUCCCCAGGCGAUUCUGGGCUGGCUCCCACCCUCAUUCGUCAUUGGCCAGGCGUAUGAAGGGAUCCCCAUGACCAACGCCGGAGAGGGACAGCGCUUCCUCACGUUUGGCGGCAGCUCCCUCACCAAGGCGCUCGAGUGGAACUUGCGAUACUGCCUCAUGGGCUUCUUGUUCCACCCGAAUGGCCAUGUGAGGUCCGAGGUGGUCCGCGGCAAGGACAGGCAGGAGCUCAUCGAGAAACUCAAAGUCCGCCUCUACUUCAUGGGCUUCCUCAACCUCGUCUUCGCCCCGUUCAUUGUCCUCUAUCUCGUCGUCUACUCUUUCUUCCGCUACUUUGAAGAGUACCGCAACAACCCGUCGAGCAUUGGCGGAAGGCAGUACACCCCGUAUGCCGAGUGGAAGUUUAGGGAGUUCAACGAGCUGCCGCAUCUGUUUGAGCGCCGCGUCGACCAGAGCUACGUCUUUGCCAAGGAGUACAUCGACCAGUUCCCCAAGGAGCGAACGGCAUUGAUCAUGAGGUUCGUUGCCUUUGUCGCGGGGUCUUUCGCUGCUGUACUCCUGUUCUGCUCGCUGCUCGACCCCGAUCUCUUCCUCCACUUUGAGGUCACACCGCACAGAACAGUGCUCUUCUACCUCGGUAUCUUCACCGUCGUCCUCACCGUGUCCCGCAGCAUGGUCCCGGAGGAGAGGUUUGUCUUCGACCCGGAGCAGGCCAUGCUCGACGUCGUGAGGUUCACACACUAUCUGCCAAACGAGUGGAAGGGCAACCUGCACAGUCAGAAGGUCCAUGUCGAGUUUGGCAAGCUGUUCCAGCUCAAGGUCAUGAUCUUUGUGCGCGAGCUCGCGUCCGUCAUCCUCACGCCCUUCAUCCUCUGGUUCUCCCUUCCCGACUGCUCGGCGGCUAUUCUGGACUUCUUCCGCGAGUUCUCGAUCCAUGUCGACGGCAUGGGCUAUGUGUGCUCGUUUGCCGUAUUCGACUUUCACCGCAACGGCAACCUCGGGCCAGAGGGAGCUGCGACAGCGGCAGGACCGGCGUCCGAGUCGACAGUGCAAGCUCAGCGCCGCCGUAGCCGCCCUGGUGCCAAGCGCAUCGCCUCGACCCCGGCCUACCUGCCGAACGACAACUCCAAGAUGGAGCAGAGUAUCUUGCACUUCAAGGCUACGCACCCGGACUGGGUGCCGUCAGACCCCAGUGCGUCAGUGAGACUGGACAGAAUCGUCGGCGCCAACCCUGGAGUCGGCCACUCGCCCGUCCGGCAUGCCCGACACCUCGCUGGGUCAAUGUACGCCGGCGGGCGGGGCCUGGGACUUGGUCUGCACCUCAAGCAACAGCAGAACGCGGCCGCCUCCCAGAUCUCCUCGCCUGGCAUCGACGAAUCGCGACAGGCUCCUGGUGCCAGGUGGUUUGCGCACAGCGGCGGCGCGUCACACCUGGCGACCAUGCGCGAGGCAAUGGCCGAGGGCGAUGACGACGAAGAGGACGACGGUGAAGCCGAGGCGAUGGGCUGGCACCGGCGUGUCGACGAUGCCGACGAUGAGGAUGACGGUCCCGGCGACCGGCGCCUCCUCCACGACGCCGGGCUGAUCCUGCAGCAGGUCAUGAACCGCUGAACAUUGUAGUGAUUAGAGAACACACACACAUCCCCCGCAGCGGCCAUGCUAACGC